AUGUCCGUGGUCCGACCAUUGUCGGCCAAAAUGGCUUCUCCCACCGACAACAUGUCACUAGACCGACCAACUGACGACAUACCUCUCUUGAUCCGGGACCUCGUAGACGCCUCCGGCCUACCGGCCAAACGGCGCGCUACCAGCAUCAAGCCUACCGUGGAGAAGAUUGCGGCCUCGGCCUAUGACAGCGGGCUGCUGCCCGAGCCCCUGAGCGAACUCAUCGACCUGCUGACGAGGCCGAACCAUCUGGACCAGGCAAGCUUGAACACGCUGGUGAAGAAUCUGUACCCUGCGACUCGGCUGUCCAGCGACGCCGUUUUGAGAGUAGUCGGAUGUCUGGGGCACGGUGAACUGAAGCCCUCGCUAGUCCUGCAAUCGAAUAUCCUCAAAUGGUUGAUCAUGGUCUAUCAUGUCAUCGAGAAGCCAGCCAUCCUGUCGCAAGCAUAUGCUGUGCUGUUUAAUCUGCUCGACACAGCUGCCAUUCGACUCAAUCUAUCGAGAAGCACAGGCAAUGACCCCGCCCUGACAGGGCUUCUUCGGGUCUACAAAGAUUACUACCCCGAAAUCAUUGUCAGCGAUGCAUUGCGAGGUAGGGCAUCGACCUUCAAGCAUCCUGACACGGAAUGGCGAGGGAGACUCGACCAGAUCCAAAGAGACCACUCGCAGCGUGCUGCUGAGGCAGCUGGCCAGCCUCGGAACGGCUUCAGUGUCAAUCACCUGGCUUUGAGGGCCCGCGGCGGCAAAGCAUUUAAUCUUCCUUCUGUUCACACCUCAGAAGCUACAGAGAACUCUGUCACCCUGGAAGAGAUUGACAAUGCCGAUCGCCUUGCUCAGUCGAUCGAAAAGAUCGAGCUCCCCAAUCAGCUUGCAGCUGUGUUGGCGGAUCCUCUACUUCAGAAAUUCAUUGCCCUGAAAAAGGAUGAUGCGGUUUCGAAACGCGUAGUUCAUUGGAUCGAAGCCGUUCUCGAGGACGUUCUCAACGGUAACGCCGACGACAAGCUGUUCAAGGAGACAAUGGAGAUUCUCGAGGAAUAUGUGUCGCGCGUCAAGGAAACGCCACCUGUCGUCUUGAGCUUCCUUGCCAAACUUUUCACGACAUGGAACGGCGUGGAUGCCCGAGCCCCUAUCAUGAGCAUUCUUCAGUACGCACCGCUGGUAGCAUUUGAUGGGUUAUAUAACACCAUCCUAAAACCCCUGGAAGAGUGCCUCCCUCCCACAUCCGAGUCUCAACUGGCUCUUCUCAGGCUCUAUGAAAAUCUCGUCCGCCGCUGGACCUUUGUCUUGCGUUCUUUCGACCAGAUACCCAUAGAUGUACCCUUCGACGCCUUUUACGACGUCAUGGAGCACGCAGGCAUCGUCGCCCUUAACCUUGUUCAAGCCUCCCCGAGUGUCGCUGUCCAUGGCGGCGUGCUUGAUCUCUACGAACAAAGCGCCGCCAGCAUCUCAGACUCAGUCCUCCAGCCCCUGCUCCGCAUUGCCAACCCACCAGCCGAGCUCGUCUAUCUCGUCUUCUUCAGCCACUCCCUCGCCAACGUUUCACGCCUAUGCACUGUCCUGGCAACGUACAAGAAAGGCUUCGAAUUGGCCAUGGCUAGGCGCCAACCGACGAUGUAUGCCCCGAACUACGUGAACCACUUUAACGGAUUCCUUAUGGACAUCUGCAACUGUCUCUGGCGUGGCAAGGCCUUCAAUGACGGUGACAAGAACGCGCUGGGCUGCCUUAACGCCCGUCCUGUCACCCUGCGCCUGCAAAGAUACGUCGAGGAUCUUGUCAUGGACCUCAUGCUGCCGACACUGUUUGGGUUUUCGUUCUCGCCAUUGUUGAGCUUUCAGGCCAUCGAAUGCAUCCGCGAGCUCGAAGACCGUGAGGUGGCAGUGGACGAAAACGCCCUCUCCACACGCCACGCCGGACCAGUCACUGCCAACAGUCUAGCCAGAUUGGCCGAGGCACGGGGUCUGCGCAUUACGUGGUCCGAGUAUAGGAUCAUUGUGCUGCGGGCGCUGGAGAGCAAGGGACUGGGCGGUAUCCCGGCGCUGAUGAAGAAUACGAUGAAGGUGCUCAUGAGCUCAAAAAGUGUUGCUUAG